CACAUCUUUCAUCCAAAACCGACACAUAAGAAAACAAAGCAAAACCUCUCUUCUCUUCUCCUUUUCCUAAAUAAGCAAAACCUUUCUCUUUCAACUCGUUCUUUUCCAGCAAUUCAAACUUCCAUUUUUCUUUUCAUACCAUUCAUUUAUUAAUCACAUUUAUUUUCUUCCCUUUACCAAGUCCAAAAAACUUUCUUAAAUUGUAGGCUAUUAUUUGAACUUUCUCUAGAUCCACAAUUUGGUGCCACCUUACCCCCCAAUCACAAAAAAAUAUGUGGAGGUAAUUAAUAUUAUUGUCUUUCUUCACUUCGGCAAUACUAUAGAACAAUAUUUUCAUUCAAAUUCAACCAACCUUUUUCGACAAUUUUCAAUUUUUUUCUCAUGUUCCAAUCUCACUUUCUCCCCUAUGUUUUCUAGAAAAAUACAGGAAACAAAGAAACUUGAUUCUUCUUGUAAUCUUGUUCCUCUGGUUUUAGCUUUCAAUAAACAAUAGAACUAACGAAUAAGGAUCGGUCCAAAAUUCGUAGAUUUAUAUUAGUAGGCAGAACUUUUGGCGGUUUACACUGUUCAAAGUUCAACAGAGGUUGAUAAAAGAAAAAUUAGAGAAAAAAUAGUCAUCACAUUAGUCUCAAAAUUAAUUAAAAUUCUUUCAAUUUCGCCAACUCAUUCUCAUUCAUUGUGGGGGUGAAAGAAAAAGUGUUCUAAAUUUUUCAUUCCUAAAGCCCCACCUUCACUUGUUACGUACUAUCUCGAAGGAUUAGUAUCUCAAAGGAUUAGUCUUUCCACCCAAACAACCUUUUUCAAAGAGCAAAUAAACAGUACUUGUACCCUUUUGUUAUUAUUUUCUGGGGGUGAUGAUGAUGGGAAAAGGUUGGUUUUUGAGAUUGGUUAUGGUGAUUGGUGUGAUGGGUUGGUGUUGGUGGUGUGUGGAAGGGCUUGGAGUGAAUUGGGGGACUCAAGCCACACACCAGUUGAAGGCAGACACAGUGGUUGAGAUGCUGAAGGACAAUGGGAUCCAAAAGGUGAAACUGUUUGAUGCAGAUGAGUCUAGCAUGAGUGCUCUAUCUGGCUCUGGCAUUGAAGUCAUGGUUGCCAUUCCCAAUAACCAGCUUGCUGAGAUGAAUGACUAUGAUCGUGCCUUGCAGUGGGUCAAGAAGAAUGUCACUCGUUACAACUUCAGGGGUGGAAUUAACAUCAAGUAUGUAGCAGUUGGGAACGAGCCAUUUUUAAAAUCCUACAAUGGUUCAUUCUUGAACAUCACCCUCCCUGCAUUACAGAACAUUCAAAAUGCCCUCAAUGACGCAGGCCUAGGGGACUCCAUAAAGGCCACAGUGCCCUUAAAUGCUGAUGUGUAUGAGUCUCCACCAAACAACCCUGUGCCGUCAGCAGGAAUAUUUAGGCCAGAUAUAAGUGACCUAAUGACCCAAAUAGUGCAAUUUUUGGCAAAGAACAAUGCACCAUUCACAGUAAACAUUUACCCUUUCUUGAGCCUCUAUGGGAAUGAUAAUUUCCCCUUUGACUAUGCCUUCUUUGAUGGUGUGGCCAAUCCCAUAAAUGAUAAUGGGGUUUCAUACACAAAUGUUUUUGAUGCAAAUUUUGAUACCUUGGUCUCUGCCCUCGAAAAAGUAGGAUAUGGGAACAUGCCAAUUUUGGUAGGAGAGGUGGGGUGGCCCACAGAUGGUGACAAAAAUGCUAAUGUAGGCAAUGCAUUUAGGUUCUAUAAUGGGCUUUUACCGAGGCUUGCAAUAAACAAAGGGACCCCACUUAGGCCUGGAUUUAUUGAAGUUUACCUAUUUGGGCUCAUUGAUGAGGAUGCCAAGACCAUUGCCCCAGGGAACUUUGAGAGACAUUGGGGCAUUUUUGGGUAUGAUGGGAAGCCCAAGUUUCCAAUGGACCUUUCUGGAAAAGGCCAAAACAAGCUACUAGUUGGUGCACAAAAUGUGCACUAUCUUGAGCCAAACUGGUGCAUGUUUAACCCUGAUGCACAGGACCUAAGCAAACUUGCUGAUAAUAUAAACUAUGCAUGCACCUUUGCUGAUUGCACUGCACUUGGAUAUGGUUCUUCUUGCAACAACUUGGAUGCCAAUGGAAAUGCCUCAUAUGCAUUUAAUAUGUACUACCAGACACAGGAUCAGAAUUACAUGGCCUGCAAUUUUGAAGGCUUGGCAAGACUCACAACAAGCAAUAUUUCAACACCUACUUGCAAUUUUAUUGUUCAGAUAAAUCCUUCCUUGUCCUCUUCUUUAAGGCCCCCAAUAGUAGCUUCCUUGUUUGUCACUCUACUACCCUUGAUUCUAUUUUUGUAGGAUCUUGUACAUAACAUUAUUAUUAUAGGUGCUAUUAUUUAUAUGGAUAUUUUCAUCA